ACUAAUUGCUUUAUUGAGAAUCAUCGGCCAUGGUGCCAAUAGGCCUCCACCUCCUGCUGCUGGUGCUGUGGCUUGGCAUGGAGGAAAAGCUCCAAGUUCGAGGCCACCAAACAAAACCAGUUGGAGCACCUUUGAUCCCUCACCGACCUUUUGUUGUGGUCUGGAACGCCCCUACAGAGUCAUGUCGCCUACGAUUUAAAGUAGACUUGGACCUCAGCGUUUUUGACAUUGUAGCGAACCUUAAUGAGACAUUAAGUGGACCAAAUGUCACAAUAUUCUACCAUAGUCAUCUAGGAUACUACCCAUACUACUCCAGCUCAGGGGUUGCUAUCAAUGGUGGCCUGCCACAAAACCAGAGCAUCUCCAAGCAUCUGAACAAGGCCAGAGUAGACAUUGACAAGCUAAUACCACACAAGGAUUUUCGAGGCCUAGGUGUCAUUGACUGGGAGAACUGGAGGCCUCAGUGGGUACGGAAUUGGGGUUCCAAAGACAUUUACCGCAAAAAGUCCAAGGAACAGAUCCACAAACUUCACCCACACUGGCCAGAGAGCAAAGUUGAAAAAGAAGCAAAAGAACGCUUUGAAAAAUCAGGGCAAGCUUUCAUGAACCUGACUUUGGUACUGGCUGAAGCUCGCAGACCAGGUGGUCUGUGGGGUUUUUACCUUUUCCCAGACUGUUACAACUAUGGCUACAAACAGCACCCUCAAUGCUAUACGGGGGAAUGUCCCAAUGUUGAACAUGUUCGCAAUGACCACUUGAUGUGGCUCUGGAAGGAGAGCACAGCCCUCUACCCAUCCAUCUACCUGGACUUUGAGCUGAAGUCGUCCACAAACACUGUCAAGUUUGUUCACUAUCGAGUCAAGGAAGCCAUGAGGAUUGCAUCCAUUGCACGGACAGACUACACAUUGCCUGUCUUUGUCUACUCCAGACCUUUUUACGCCUAUACCUUUGUUGUGCUUUCAGAGAGUGACUUAGUUCAUACUAUCGGGGAGAGUGCUGCCUUGGGAGCAUCAGGUGUUGUCCUCUGGGGAUCAUCAGAGUAUGCUCGAUCAAAGAGGAACUGUCUGACUGUGAAGAACUAUAUUGAUGGACCUUUGGGACAUUAUGUCAUCAAUGUCACAUCAGCGGCUAAACUGUGCAGCAAAGCACUUUGCAAGAAGAAUGGAAGGUGCGUCCGCAAGAGCCUGGACUCAGGUUCUUACCUGCAUCUAAACCCACGCUUCUUUCAUAUUCACCACAACCCGGCACCCAGGGGUGCCCGGUUUCAAGUAAAGGGUCACCUCAACAACCAGGACAUCCUGGACAUGAGACAUAAGUUCACGUGCCAGUGUUACCAGGGCUGGACUGGUGUUUACUGUGAGAUCCCACAGACUCAGCCACUUCCUCCUCCACCACCUCUACCACCUGCUGACCCACCCCCACACCCUUGGGACAACAGCCUCAGGGCACAUAUAAUGCUCCUCCUUUCUCUUCAUUUCCCCUGCCUGUGCAUUAUCAUUUUCUUGGGACUCUGCGUGAUCAUAAAAGGUGUCAUACUAUAGACUCCAGAAAUAUAAUUAUUCCAACUAGUUCAGCUCAUUCAAUGAUAGUGAUUGCCAGACAAAACACUGUAUGAAUUUAUGUGCUUGUUCCUAAUAUGGUUUUGGUAACUCCGAUGUUCAAAUGGGUUGAUUGGUUUUCAACACGGGUCAUCUGGGCAGGGCCAAAUAAGAUAUAGGGGACAAGAGAAAAGACCAUGAUCUGAAAAAGAUUUGCAAACAGAAAACUGAGGCUCUCUCCUCACCUUGAGCCACACCGCUCAGCAACAAAAACCUAGAACAGAUUCACUCAACUUAAUAAGCAUGUCUGCCAGGAAAACAACUUUAAAUCCAAUCCACUGAUAAAGCACUUAAAAUCACCAGGAAAACUGAGCCUCCACCAAGUGUUCACAGGGCUCAAACAGCACGCAUGCUGCCAAACGGCCAACUGGCUAAGAAACCAGCUUCUCUCCUAGCUUUGCAUUCUGCUCAUUAAAGGGGC